AUGGAGGCGGACAGAUCCGGCGGAGGACCAAACCCGAACUCCGGAGGCGGCAGCGGCAGCAGCAGCGGCAGCAGCGGAGCGGGGCGCAACCCAAACGGGCCCAAAGCAGCACCGGGCCAGGCGACAUCAGCUGCGGCGACCGGGGCGAUGGCAGCAGCAGCGGCGGCGGCGGCGGCGGCGGCAGCAGCAGCAGCAGCAGCAGCCGGGGCCAUGCCCGGAUCGUCGCAGCCUCGGGAGCCGCAGGACGGGGACGCGGGUAUGACGCUUCCUGGGAUCCUGCACUUCAUCCAGUACGAGUGGGGACGCUUCCAGGCCGAGAAAUACCGCUGGGAAGCUGAAAGAGACGAACUCAGGGCUCAGGUGGCGUUCCUACAGGGUGAGAGGAAAGGGCAGGAGAAUAUGAAACAGGACCUGGUGAGGCGGAUCAAAAUGCUGGAAUAUGCCCUCAAACAAGAGAGGGCGAAGCACCAGAAGCUGAAGACAGGAAACGACCAGAGUCCCGGAGACAAGAAACCAGAAACGGAGGCAGACCAACUUCCCAAUGGGCCAGCUGAGUCAGACUCUGAGCCAGCUAAUCAGAUGUCCUGGAAGGAGGGACGACAGUUACUACGCAAAUAUCUGGAGGAAGUGGGUUAUUCAGACACCAUCCUGGACAUGCGGUCUAAGCGUGUGCGGUCCCUGCUCGGGCGAAGCAGCCCCGAGGCUAACGGACCCCCAACCAGUGAAACCUGCCUUGAGCCUGAGCCCCGGGCAGGUGGCGAGUCGUUGUUGGUCAGACAGAUAGAGGAACAAAUCAAGAGGAAUGCGGGCAAGGAAAGCUCUAAGGAACGUCUGGGAAGCUCGGUGCUGGAUAAGAUCCCCUUCCUGCAUGGCUGUGAGGAGGAUGAUGAAGACGACAGUGACGAGGAAGAUGACUUCCAAGGCAUGGCCACUGACUGCAUCGAUGGACCAUGCAAGAACAAAAAGUCACGUGUAAAGAUGGGUUCGGAGCCCAUGACUACAGACCUGGACCCAGAGGAUGAGGAAGAUGAAGAUGACUCAGAAGAUGCCCUCGGAGAAUUUGACUUCCUGGGCUCGGGGGAGGAUGGGGAGGGGGCGGGAGAGGCCCGGAUCUCGGGGGACGGACGGGAGCUAGAGAACCGCAGGAACAAGUUACAAGGCAUGAUGUCGGACUUCCCCCCUAAACCUACCCCGCCCCCUACUGUAUCGGGACAGGCUCGCUCCGGUGAAGGUGGCGCCCUGGGUUUCUCCUCUGAUGUCUUCAUCAUGGAUGCUGUUGGAGGAGGGGACAUGAACCUUGGUGAACUGGCUGAUCUCACUGUUGCCAAUGACAAUGAUCUCUCCAUGGAUAUGCAGGAUAACAGAGAGGAGUUUAAGAAGACAUGGAACCCUCGUUUCACACUACGCAGCCACUUUGAUGCCAUCCGCGCUUUGACCUUUCACCCCAGCCAAGCAGUGCUGCUCUCAGCCUCUGAGGAUGGAACACUAAAACUGUGGAACCUCAACAAGGCCAUGCACUCUAAAAAGAACGCAGCUCUGGAUGUUGAGCCCAUCUAUACAUUUAGAGCGCACAGUGGAGCUGUUCUUUCACUGACCAUGGGUGAGGAUGGAGAAUCCUGCUACAGCGGAGGUCUAGAUGGAACCAUUAGGUGUUGGAAGAUGCCAGACCUCAAUGUGGAUCCUUAUGAUAAUUAUGAUCCUGGCAUCGAGAGCAGUGUGCUAGCAGGCCACGAGGACAGUGUCUGGGGUCUGACUUACUCAGCAGUUCACCAUCGUCUUGCAUCAUGCUCAGCCGAUGGCACCAUUCGCAUCUGGGACCCUCAGAACUCGUCUCCUUGCCUGUCUGUCUUCAAUAAGGAGAGAGAGCACGGAACACCCACCUCAGUGGCUUUUGUGGCUACUGACCCCAACCAGGUGGUGGUGUCAUUUGACGGUGGUGAGACACUGCUCUAUGACCUAAACACAGAGCAGAGCAUCACUGCGCUAGAGACACAGAUCAAGGAUGGUAGUGAGCUGAUCAACCGAGUGGUCAGUCACCCAUCUGAGCCCGUCUCCAUCACUGCACACGAGAACCGCACCAUCCGCUUCCUGGACAAUAAGACAGGCAAAGUUAUCCACUCAAUGGUGGCUCACCUGGAUGCGGUCACCUGUCUUACUACAGACCCUAAAGGCACUUACCUCAUCUCUGGCAGCCACGACUGCUCGGUGCGCCUGUGGAUGCUGGACAACAGAACGUGCGUGCAGGAGAUCACAGCCCACAGGAAGAAGCACGACGAGGCCAUUCAUGACGUGGCCUUCCACUCUUCCCAGCCCUUCAUCGCCAGCGCUGGCGCCGACGCACUUGCCAAGAUCUUUGUCUGACAAAAUCGUCAUUCUGAGUCCUACAACCACAACUGGGCCAAAAGAGACUGAAGACUACAGUGGACAAAUUUCAUUUGCUUACAAACACACACACACACACACACACACACACACACACACACACACACACACACACACACACACACACACGUAUAUACAAACACACACACACACACACACACUUGUCCUGCACCCCACUGGCUGGGUCAUCGCCACAGGACGUCACCUCCCCCUUGAUUCCUCACUGUUCUCUGAUGCCUCAGUGACUUCUUGUAAUACUAAUCACACUGCUUUUUUAUAACUUUAACGGCUCCGUUUUCAAAUAAUCAUAUCUGGAGUAACAGUUUUCUACACUACACUACAAUAUUCUGUUUUACUUUUUUUUUUUUUU